CAGACCUGAGUCCUACAGAACACCUGUGGGAUCGGCUUUAUAAUACUAUCAGCAGGAGACAACCGCCACAAGCCACCAUUCACCAGCAGCUGCAGCUGGGCAGGAAGAGUGGCGGAACAUCCCACAGCUGUCUGUCCAGCCCUGCGUGUCAGGAAUACUUAGGAAGGUCAUACGGACAAAAACAAUCUUUUUGUCUGCUCAUUUUGAUUCACGUUUUGAUAGUGAUUAAUAUGUAUGUCCAAACCAUUUGAUUAAAUCUAGAACACACACAUUUCUUUAAUGUAUGAGUUUCUUCUCAGUAUUAGUAAAAUGUAGCUCAUGUAAAGCAGAGAAAAGAGGAAUGGGAUUAUUGUAGCAAGCUGAAAAAGGCAUUUAUAUUCCUUCUUGGAAAAGCUGGCAAAUUAUUGAUUUAAGACAGGUGUCUUUAAUGGGGUAAAAAAGAUUUUUCAAAGAAAGACUGCCAGGUUUUUAAGCGCUCUGUUAUGCAGCACAAGCAUAUUUCUGAGUUUUUUUUCAUCAGUUUUGUAAGCAUGCUCUUGGUGGUGCAUUUGGCGAAGUCAGUUUUUGAUACAGAGGAGUGUUUGUCGUUUGUACAACUAACGACUAUUUCUUUUUGCUUCCCUGUUUUUUUUUUUGCAGUUGACUUUUUGGCAAAAUACUGCAUUUUCAGCCCGGAGAAGUUGGCUGUGUUUAAAAGAGCUUUUGAAGUGGCAGACAACGACAGGGAUGGCUAUCUCACUUGCUUUCAAGUUCUUCUGGCGCUGAAAGAGAUUAUUCCCCCGGAGGCCCUGAGUGACGCUGAAGAGAUUUACGUUUACAGGAUUUUGGAAAUGGUGGACUAUCACAUAACAGAUGGCCUGACAGACCUCAAGCUCUUCGCCGUGAUGGCCAGCUUGGCGCAGAAAAUAACCACACUGGACGACUUCAUGAGAUCCCUCAUUGGCACACUGGACUUUAAAGCACUGGAGCUGAAGCUGUACAAAGCCAAACAACUGUUCCUGUGCAACAUGGACGCCCGGACGCGCACCAUCAGCGCGCAGCAGCUGCUCGUGGAGCUGAAGGCCGGCGGGAUUCGCGAGGAGCACGAGCAGGCAGUGCGCCGCGAGCUGAGGCACAUCCGCUCCCUCGACCUGCUGGGCUUCCUCACCUACCUGCCGCUCUUCCUGCUCAUUCACAGCUCCGUCGUCGCCAACCCGCUGGACGACUCGAAGACACUGUGACCCCGAGAGGGCGUGCGACCCCCGGCGCCGGGCAGGCGGCUGGUGGCCGAUCUCCAGUCGGUGGUGAUUAAACGGGAUUCGUGCGAUGUGAUCCCACUCCGUGGGUCUGAUUAAACGCGAGUUCUUCAGUGCGAAACCUCGGGAGGGGUGAAGGCGGCCGAGCUAAUGAAGCCCCGGCUGCCGCAACUCACAAAUAAUCCUGACGUGACGGCCUCAGCUCUCCCCCGUACCUCCCUUCACCCCUGCACCUGUCCCUUGGUCGUCUUUCACCAGACAGGGGGUCCUGGACUCGUCGGGCCCGAGAGCCCCCUACACACCCUGGGCUCCUCGUGCAGCGACGUGCUGGCAGGCCACCGGUUUGUUUGCACGUCCGAACAGUAGACCCUGGCGCGGGGCACGCCUGAGAGGCGCUGCUCCGGCACUCGCAGACAGGAGCGUGAUCUCAGGCGAGCUAGCAUACGCGACUGCUGGCUUUUCUACAGCCUGAGGUUCGCUUCACGUGUUGAAAGUGUAGCAGCGCAAUGGGCCGGCGGACUGUCUAAGGUUAGAGUGAAGAAAGUCUG